AUGAUUAUCAUAACGGAUUUUAUUAGGACCUUUACGGAUUUUACAAGUGACCACAAAGCAGGAGAUUGGAUUGUCGUUGGCAUCGUUCAGUGUGACCGUAACAUCGGCGAACUGCGCGACUUUGAAUUGCAUCUGCAGCACCACUUGGAAUACAAAAGCUACAACAGCACAAAUUUCCAGAUCCAGACAAAUUGGCAACUUACGGAUCUACUGUCAAAUCUGGCACAGCUUCUACCUGAAACAGUUGUCUUCGACGCUUGCCCGACUGCCCAACAAAAAACUAAUAUUUAUACCGAGAUUCUGGAGCUACACAAACCACAGCAGUAUCGCCUUCAGCUGAAUGAGAGUUGCUCGCGCAUUCGCUUCUGUAGCUUUGCCGAGCAUGAAGCGCAUUACCUAGAGUUGGAGCUGCCCACUUUGCGACUAAUAGAACACAGCCUGCCACACUGCAUUCAACUGGCAGAUAUAUUGGCUAGCAGCUCGCGUACACUUACGGACAUAUUGCAUCUCUAUCUGAAGCUGCUGGAGGAUCUACGUCCCUUUUACGAAAGCUUUGCCAGCAUUGAUGAGCUGUGCGAUGUUCUACAGCCUUAUCCUAUUACCACUAAACAUAACACACGCGUGUUUCCACUGAAAGAGCGUGUCUAUCUCAAACUGACCAUAGCCGAUCCCUUUGCUAGCUAUGCCUCUAUGGCUGUGCAGAUUAUAGGACCCACCGAAGAGGUGGCCCAAUUACGGCAUGUGCUUAGCGAUGGACUCGGAAACUGGGACAUUGAGCUGGACAUGCAUAAGAACCUUUUGAACAUAUUCGAUUUAUGCUACUUUCCCAUGCCAGCUGAUUUUGAACAGCCAAAAGAUGAUGACGAACAGCAGCGUUGUAAUAUUUGUUUUGUCUAUCGUUUGGACAGCGGUGAGGUGCCAAUUGUGUCGUGUGAUAAUCCGCGCUGUGUGCUUAAGUGCCAUGCUGCCUGCCUGAAGGAAUGGUUCGACACGCUGAUCGAUGGCAAAACCUUUCUGGAGGUGUCCUUUGGCCUAUGUCCGUUCUGCAAGGCAAAGCUGUCCACCUCUUUUGCGGCCCUUUUGAACAACUAAACCAAAUUUCCAAAAUAUUUAACUCAUUCUCUAUAAAUGUAUUGCGAUUUGAUUGUAUUUAUGUAUUUACUUAAAAUACAACAUAUAUUAAUUUAAAAUGAAGAAAGAGUAAAUCACGCCGAUAUCUUAAA